CCCACGUUUUCACCCACCCACCCCAACGAGCUUCACCAUUUUUCAUAUAUAGAAACACUUUCCUUAUAUAGCCAAAUUCAAUCAGAACAAUGACCCAAAACGACGAUUUGUGAAGUCUCCUUUUGUCUCCAUCAACCGCAAAAAAUUUUCUCUUCCUUUUUUCUCGGAAAAUUCCCUCACAUCCAAACACUGAUUUUAUCGCGAAUUCAAUUUUAAUUCUCUGAGAGAGAUGGGGAGAGGAAAGAUAGUGAUAAGGAGGAUCGACAAUUCCACGAGUAGACAAGUGACGUUUUCGAAGAGGAGAAACGGAUUGUUGAAGAAGGCAAAGGAGUUAGCGAUCCUGUGCGAUGCAGAAGUUGGAGUCAUCAUCUUCUCCAGUACUGGAAAGCUCUAUGAAUACUCAAACACCAGCAUGAAGUCGGUGAUUGAAAGAUACAACAAAACAAAGGAGGAGAAUCAUCAAUUGGCAACUCCAACUUCUGAGGUUAAGUUCUGGCAAAGGGAAGCGGCAAUGCUGAGGCAACAACUACAAAACUUGCAAGAGAAUCACCGACAAAUGAUGGGUGAAGAGCUUUCUGGUCUGAGCAUCAAAGAUUUGCAGAACUUGGAGAACCAACUGGAAAUGAGUCUCCGUGGUGUUCGUGUGAGAAAGGACGAAAUUCUGAUUGAUGAGAUACAAGAACUAAACCGAAAGGGAAACCUCAUCCAUCAGGAAAACAUGGAACUAUAUAAGAAGGUAAACCUAAUUCAUCAAGAAAAUAUGGAAUUGUAUAAGAAGGUUUAUGGAAAUAGAGAUGCAAAUGGAGUGAGCAGAAAUGCCCUAGUUCCAAACAGUUUAACCAUCCAUGAAGACCCUCAUGCUCCUGUUCAUCUCCAGCUAAGCCAGCCACAGCAACAGAACUGUGAGACAUCAGGAACUACCGAAUUGGGGCUACAACUGCAUUAGCGGUGAAAACCAGACUCGUAAGAGUUUUGAGUUCUCAUGUUGAAGAAGAAGCCCAAGCUUACAGAGCUAUGUUUUAAUUAGUAGUGGUAGUUAAUGGUAGAGAACCCAGGAAUGUCAAGUCUUCAGUUCAUAUGGUUAAUGACAUCAAGUUUGACAAGUGUGAUGCAAUCCUUAGCACAGCUACUUAAAUCAAGAUAACAACAAAUAAAAGAAUACAUUCGCACAGUAUCUCUAAAGUUCUUUAUCUUUCUUGACACUUCAUGCUUAUGAUGUGUAUGCCUAUAUACUAGGAUCGUACUUGAUUUGACAUUUUCAAAUAGUUGUAAAUAGUUGACUUGUUUAAACAGCGGUGGGAGCAAAGAAAUGUAAACAGAAAAGAUUAUAUAUAACAGUAGCUCCUCAUGGAAAUUCCUUGAGAAACAUGGCACAAGCAAACAGUACAGAGCAGAGUU